UCCGCGUUGAAAUAGGCGCUGUUAUAUAGGGCCAUAUUUCCCGUGUGUCUCUCUGCUUCAGUUAUCAUAGUGCAACGCAAACACCAUCCAACCUGACGCAGCUUUCCGAAACUCUUAGUUCUGCACAAUGGCUUCAUGGAUUUCUUGCUUGCCUUUGGCAGUGCUGCUGCUCGUGGCCGUCGCCUCCUCGGCGGCCGCCACCAGGUACACCGUCGGCGACGGGUCCGGUUGGACGACCGGCGUCGAUUACGCCACAUGGGCCGGGUCCAAAAGCUUUAAGCCCGGCGACAGUCUUGUGUUCAACUACGCGAAAGGACUGCACACUGUGGUGGAGGUGAGAGCGGCCGAGUACAUGGCGUGCACGGCGACCAGCCCGCUCGGCUCCGACAGCAGCGGCGCGACCACCGUGGUCCUCAAGACGGCCGGCAGUCACUACUUCAUCUGCAGCAUCCCCGGCCACUGCAGCGCCGGCAUGAAGCUCGCCGUGACCGUCGGCGACUCCUCCUCCCCAUCCUCGCCGUCGUCGCCCACCACGACCCCAAGGUCCCCGACCACGCCGUACACGACGCCGACCCCAAGGUCCCCAACGACUACCCCGACCACGCCGUUCACGACCCCGACCCCGACCACCACCACGCCGUACACGACGACGCCGACGUCCCCGGCGUGCACUGGAGGCACCACGGCAACCCCAGUAACCCCGGUAACACCGGGCAUGACACCAUUCAUGGCAUACCCCAGCGCGGCCAGCCUCGGAUCGGCGGCGUUGGGCAGCUUUGGCCUGGCUUGGUUUAUGAUCGUGCAGCUUGCACUGCUCUAGACACAAGGGUCUUAGCCAGGGUGGAGGCAGUGCAUUUAUAUAGCUAGGUCACGUCGUGUGUAAUAUGUUUGUUCUUUGUUGCGGAGGUACCUGAAGUUCACUUGGGUGAAGGAAAUUGGUCUGCUCUGACGCUGGCUGCCUGGCUGUUGCCUUGAGCCAGUCUUAUGGUAUUUGGCCUUUUGAAUGGCACCUCUCUCUCCGAACAAAACCCUUUUCUUUUUCUCGUGAUUAUAUAUGCCU